AUGGUGAACUCGUAUGGAUACGACCUGGACUUUAGCUGGGACCACCCGUGGCCCCGGGCGCCCGUGCCCAAGGACGAAGAGCUGCGUCUCUCGGAGCUCGAGCGCUACCAGAUCCUCGACACGCCGCAGGAAGAGCGCUUCAACAAGCUCUGCCGCAUCGCGUGCAAAGAGAUGAAGUGCCCGAUCGCGGCCGUGAGCUUCAUUGACCGCACCAAGCAGUGGUUCAAGGCCAACUCGGGCCUGACACAGGCCGCGAUUCCGCGUGACGUGGCGCUCUGUGCGCACACGAUUAUGAACCCCCGCAGCGCCGUCGUCGUGCUCGACACGACGCAGGACGAGCGCUUCAAGAACAACCCGCUCGUGACGCGCGCGUCGUCGGUCAAGUUUUACGCCGCCGUGCCGCUCGUCACGAGCCGCAAUGUCUGCAUCGGGUCGGUCUUUGUCUUCGACGUCAAGACGCACUCGGCCUGCGAGACGAAGCUUUUGCAGAAGAUCGCCGCCAAGGUGAUGAAGUACCUCGACGAACGCCUGCAGUCGCCCGAUGGCGUGCCACUUGCGCCUGCCCCGGCUACGACCCACCGCUCGUCGCUGCCGUCCGCACAGCCUGCGGCCGAGCCGUCGCCGUCGGCCAAACCCGAACGCCGCAUGUCUGCAGACGUAACCCCGGCAAAGUCAGUGUCGGCGCCUACGUCCACGGUCGCCCCCGCACCCGUCAAGCCGGCGCCGGCCUCGUCGCCGGUCGCAGCCGCUCCUCCUGCUACCGAAUCCGCGCUCGUCGCUGCGGCACCUGGUGCGGCCACGGAUGAGCGAUCCCUUGCGACAUCGGCCGUCAGUAACAACGGCGAAAUGACCAACAUGGGCGCCAUGCUCAUGAACCUUCUCGCGCGCACAACCGAGACGCAGCAGCAGCUCGCGGCGCAGCAGGGUGUCAUGUUUGAGACGCUCGGCCACCACUCGGAUCAGCUCAACUCGCUGACGGAAACCCUCUCCUCGCUCGAGAUGCGCAUCGACCGGACCGUGAAGGCCAAGUCGGCGUCCAAAUAA